AUGAUGCUCUCUGCGAAUCUCCUCGUUCUCGUCGCUGUGUUUUUCCGAUCGUCGCUUCAAAACAGAGCUAUUCCUGGAUUCGGAAUCUCUCUUGCGAAGAGAUGUUCUCCUUUUAAAUUCAAUUCGGCAAAAUCGGAAAUUUUACAAGCCAUGGAAGAAGAAAAUGUCACUAGCAUCCCUUCAACGCCGGUACAAAGGCUUAGGCAUCGAAAACGCUCUAGUGAGAAUAGAGAAGUGAGCUUGAUGAGCUAUCUAGUUCUUCUGGAUGGGGACAAAGUGAAUGCAAGCGCUCUGCUUGUUAAUGAUCGGAAUAAGUACAAAUCAUUCAUGGUUAGGACUUACUCUACGUUAUGGAUGAUUGGUGGUUUUGUUAUGAUUGUCUACAUGGGACAUCUGUAUAUCACAGCCAUGGUGCUUGUUAUCCAAAUAUUCAUGGCCAAAGAGCUUUUUAAUCUGCUGAGGAAAGCACCAGAGGAUAAAUGUCUCCCCGGGAUUAAACAGUUGAAUUGGCACUUCUUCUUCACUGCCAUGCUUUUCGUAUAUGGCCGGAUCCUUAGUCAACGGUUAGUCUUGCUUCACCAAUUUGUCGUCUUUGUGGAAUUUGGCUUUUCACCAUCAGCGAAAAUGGGUCUUGAAGCUAUCUUACAUUUGAUGCUUGAGGAGUCUGCUUUAAUAACGCCCUUAAUAAAGCUAUCUCCAAAGAAAACAUGGGAAGGAUUCAUCGGAGCCUCUGUGACAACUAUCAUCUCUGCAUUUCUUCUCGCAAAUAUUUUGGGUCGGUUCCCAUGGUUGACAUGCCCACGACAGGAUUUGUCCACUGGCUGGCUACAGUGUGAUGCUGACCCAUUGUUCAAACCUGAACCUUUUACUUUACCUGCGUGGAUUCCAGAAUGGUUUCCUUGGAAAGAAAUGGAAGUCCUCCCUGUUCAGUGGCAUGCUUUAUGCCUCGGUUUGUUCGCAUCGAUCAUAGCACCUUUCGGAGGGUUUUUCGCUAGUGGGUUUAAAAGAGCAUUCAAAAUCAAGGACUUUGGUGAUAGUAUUCCAGGACAUGGCGGAAUCACAGAUAGAAUGGACUGCCAGAUGGUAAUGGCAGUAUUUGCUUACAUAUAUCUCCAGUCAUUUAUAGUUUCCCAAAGCGUUUCGGUUGACAAAAUCCUGGACCAGAUAUUGACGAACCUUACCUUCGAGGAACAACAAGCUCUCUUCACGAGAUUAGGGCAAAUGCUUCAAGACAAGGCGAAAAUGAUCGUGGAGUUAGCAGGUAAAUUGAGUGUAUCAAAACGAUGGCGUAUUUACUUGGACUCUUCUGGGCUUUGA